UGCACCGCGUACAUGUAUGCCUCUGUAUAUGUGUGUAUAUAGUCGAUAUAAACCUAUAAACCGUCAUCCAGGCCAUUCUUCAAUAGUUCUUUAGGUCAGAAGUAUGCUGGUAUAGACCUAUAGAGAAAAUCAUAAAUGUGUGUGUUGCUGUACAGCAUACGGGCUGUAUAUUGUGGAAGGUACAUACCCAGCUGGAAUGAUAUGUCGUCUAUAUAUGUGUUUUACAUGGACUACAUGUAUGUCAUUUGAUCCCGGCAAAUGUCAGAGUGGAUUGUAUGCUGGAAUGAGUCUGUGAGACCUACAUAUGUACAGGUUCGUGUAAAAAGUUUAUCAGUCUAUGUAUGGCAGUGUACAGGUCGUCCAUAAAAUUACUUAGACAGAAAGUUCUAUAUUUGUUGUGCGUUUGAACGACGCUCUCACAAAAUCUUCACGGAUGGUAGAUCAGUGAAACAGACCGUGGAUAUAUGUCUCCUGUUUAGUUCUAUUUCAUCUGGAAGUCGUCUAAACCGAGCUGCUUGACGCUGGGUGAGAUUCUGAUGGAUGCGUACCACGGGGCAUACAAACUCAGAAAUAACUCGACCUUUGGAAAUAGGCCAUUUUAGGUCUAUUUCUGUGAGUUGCAAGAUCGUCGCGCUGUUCAGAUGUGUGUUUAGGUGACCGGCCAUGCACAUAUGCAGACCUUUACAGUCAGGAGUUUUGUACAUUGCAUUAACCAACUCUGAAGGAAAUUGUGGUCAAAUUCCACGGACGAUUGUACACAGAGGCGGGGAUUUAUGGUUUGUGAGCUAAAGCUUUCAAUCUCAGAUGGGUCUACCGUGACUUUUAAGCUCACACGACCGAGGAAACAAACGAUACAGUACACGGAUCUCAUCAAAUUCCUGUGAAAAUGCGUGAAGCGUUCGAUAGAAAUAGUGUUACAUGGUUCAGGGCUUAUCUGUAGGCGGUGGCUAGAGGUGGAUAUUAUAGAGUUCAGAUGAACAUGACCCUUGUAUAGAAUAUAGAGGAUGGCAUUGGAGAAGCAAGUAUGGGAGGGUAGACAGACUACAACGCCGGAGACGUACGUCUUAGUGGAGCUGGACGUAUUCGAUAGGCUCGCCAUACUUGCUGCUUGUGCGGCAAUUUUGCUGAUCACUGUUAUCAUUGUCGUCUGUAAACUCUCACCCAGUUGUUGGCUGCAUGAUCACUGUCCAAUCAGAGCCAAGUACAACGACAUAGAAUCUCCAGAGGAAAGAUGGAGAAAAGAGGAAUUGAAGUUAAUGCCUGUCCUGUCUUACGGUUCAACAAGCUCAGAGGCCAUGUCAAAGGUCAAAUCGCCUCAGACACACAAACUCAAGCCAAUCAGAGAAUCAUCUGGUCCAGACACCAGUAGCGAAGAUUUUAUUGAGUUACCACGAGAACGGUUUGAUUACAAGACUGAUGGUGGCGAAAAUAGUUCCCCAGGUUCUUCCUCUUCUUCACGGCCUGGAUCUCCUGAAGGGACUACUUUAUCAUCCAGAUUUCGCGGGGGUUGCAUUGACUUUUCACUUAAGUAUGACAGCGAGGGGGGAACAUUGUACAUCAAGGUUGCUGGUGUAAAAGAUUUGAUCGAAGAGCAUGGGAUAGCCGAUCAGUACGUGAAAGUAAAACUGUACAGAAAAGCCAAGUCCCGAAGUUUACGGGAAAAGCUUACCCGGGAGGAGGCAAAAAGUGAACUGCAAUUCGAGAAAAGGACACGAAUUCAGAAGGACUCCACGGAUCCGGUUUUUAAUGAGACUUUUUCAUUGGACAUUCCAGAGGAAGAUUUGAAACUUUACAAACUGAAACUUCAGUUGUUCGAUUUUGAUAAAUACUCUAGACACGUGGCAACAGGGGAGACAACUUUAACCCUCAGCAGUCUGAAUCUGGCAGAAAUCGGUGAAGUCUCUUUAAACCAGGAACUCCAGUUUCCUACAAAGGAAAACCUGGGAGAGAUUUAUUUGUGCCUGAGUUACUUACCUACAGCCGAGAAACUAACGGUCAUGGUCACGAAAGCCAAGGAUCUGCGCAAGAUGGACAAGGAACAGGAGUCAACAGAUUCUGUUGUCAAGGUGGCGCUUAUGUAUGAAGGGAGACAACUGCGGAAAGUAAAGACCAACGUUCACAGAAACGAGCUGAAUCCAACAUAUCACGAGGUUUUUGUGUUUGACGUCCCCAAACAUCAGCUGGACAAGGUCUACAUUAUGAUUGCUGUAAUGCAUAUCUCCAGCGAAAAAGUCGAACCUGUUAAAAACAUGCUGAUUGGUCGAGUUUAUUUAGGUCAACAUUUCGAGGGCACGGAACUUGCUCAUUGGAUGGAGAUGAUUCAACGUCCACGUAAACAAAUAGCUUGCUGGCACAAGCUGCACUGAUGAAUACUAGGCGUCAGAAUUCACUGAUGAAUACCAGGCGUCAGAAUUCACUGAUGAAUACCAGGCGUCAGAAUUCACUGAUGAAUACUAGGCGUCAGAAUUCACUAAUGAAUACUAGACGUCAGAAUUCACUGA